AUGGAGCAUGUCUCCUUGCCCGGAUCCGACCAGGGGCCAUCACCUGUUUCCCGACUGCCAUCCAGCGUCAUUGAGCGCAUUCUCUAUGUCGCGGAUGCCAACACUUUUGCAUCGCUGGCCCUACUUAGCCGAGCAUGGAGGCAUGCGUCCGACUCGCCAUCGCUGUAUGCCUACCAUCUGUCGCGCUGCCCGUCCUUGUCUUGGACCAGCGGGUCGAUCGCAGCUUCGGCCGAGACGGACCUCCAAAUCCUCAAACGUCAGUUUAUCGAGGAGGUCCGGCGGAAUGCAUUUGAUGUAUUUAUGCGGCCUCGUCGAACCCUUGUGAGGUUGAUUUCAAGUUCGAUGAGCUCCUCCACCGCGUUUCCGCAGGGUGAAGUUUUUCGAUUUUCUUUCUCGGCUAAAGGCCAGCUGGUUUUAUGUAUCAGUUCUUCCCGGAUUGUCGUUCUUUCAGUGGUGACAGAUCCCGUCACCGUGAAACAUGAGCUGAAAACUCGACGGCGGCCACUCGGUGCCACCAUUCGGGAUGAUGGCUCAUUGCUGGCGGUUUUGUCUUCUUCACAUCGGGUGAAUAUCUAUCGACUAUCAGAUGACGAGGCCAAGCAUAUUCAAACGAUCACUUUGAACGAUGCCCCACGGGACUUGAAAUUUUCCCCAGCAGGAAGUGUUCUUGCCUUGUCCUUCGAGGAUAGUAUAGAGGUGCAUGCCGUGGGCGAAAGUGCUCUGGCGACAGAUCGUCGAGCGGUGCGCUGCCUACGUGUCGAUGCCCUGACCUUUUCGUCAGACAGCUCUAUGCUGCUUGGAUCACCAUCGGCUCCCGAUCAGAACGGGAUCGUGACCAUUACGGCACCCUUUUAUACCGAGACCGGAACCGAUGCCUCUCCGGAGGAAGUCCAGAUGCGAAUGUGGACAACGCAGAUCUUAUUUCCCGAGACUAUUUCGGGCUUCACGCAUGCCUGUUUGGUCUCAGGGCACGAAGAAUCGGAAGAUAGCUGGAUCUUGGCAUAUGACCGCCAGUUGGCCGCAUUUCGGGCUAUCCAAAUGAACAAUGCCGAUGCGGGGGUAGUAUAUUUUGCAAGCCCCUUUUUGAGGGAGGAGUCUCGUGAGAUGCAACCCAACAUGACUCCGGCUACAGAUGAUGCAGGGGAAUUGGUCGCAUUGGGGUUUCAAAAUUCCGAGCUUUGGAUCUAUGGAGUUCCGGGACGCCUUGACCCUCCUGUCACCAGCUCAAACGCGGGUACACGCAAUGAGAUCAGCGGUUCCCACCACAGCAGGUCACCACGGGAUAACUUGGCACAGCUUCAGAAAAUUGUUCAGCACCCUAAAUUUUUGAUCAGAGGACGCCGGGUGACAGACAUGGCUGGGAUCACUACUGCUCAGUGGGUAACCUCACCGAAUCGUCGACUCGUCGCAGUAGCCCCAGGAGGCGUGCGUCCGCAGAUUUUUGGGGAAGAAGAUGUUCCCGUGGACGGCGGCCGCAUGCUUCUUCUAGACUUUGAGCGUUCGACGCGAGAUGGCGAGACCCAUGAGCUUGAUAUCGAGGUCGGUGAGACGGCGCCAAAGAUGCUCCUCGAACCUAAUUCUUCGAUGGAUACCGAGGUAGAGUUGGAGAGAAGGCGGACCCGGUUGCACCGCGGAGAUACAGAUAUUGCUGCACUGGCUCAUCGCAUGUCGCGGCCACCUCUUCCCGAAAUUUCUCGGACCGCGAGUACAGCCAUCCCACAUCUUCGGCGAAAUAGCAUGGCCAUUUCUCCAGAUGAAAUGGGUCAUCCUGAUCUCCCCUACGAUAACCUGCAACCUCGCUCACGCGACACUCUCCAUCGAUCUGCCACUGCCGCAGCAGCUACCCGCGAAAGAUACGACCCUCGAUAUCGUAACAACCCCAGCCGGCGGCACAUCCCCCACGAAAGUGACGCCGACAACUGGAUCCCUCCGCCGCCACCUUAUACGCGCAAUGCCGAUCAACCUCUUCCGACCCACCUGCAAGAAACGCUUCUUCCCAGAAGACCUAUUGAGUGUUCCAACGAUGCCAUGCAACGAGCGCAGACCACCCGUGUCCCGCGGACCACCCAAGCUCGGCCACGCCCGCAAUCUGCUAUCUUGCAGAGACUUGGCACAAUUACCAGUACCAGGAGAGGCAGACGCAACUCCACCCUUGCCCCCGAGCCUGACUCAACUCAACCCAUCACACGGGGUCCAGCUCCAAAUGGAAAUCAUGGAAAUGACUGGCGACGCCCCAAUACAACUGCGCCCCCCGUUCCACCCAUUAACUACCCAUACCAACAUCCUACGCUCGCUAUGCACCCAGCGGAACCCCAACAACCCAUCUCUGCACUGAACUGGGGAGCAGAAGCCGCCGAGUUUGGCAACACCUUUGCUCCAUACUCUAUGUCUUCACCGAACCUCCUCCACACCUUACAACCGCACGGGAAUUUCCACGGCCUUGCUUCUCCAGAAGACGAAACCAUUCCUGAACGGCAGCGGUCCUUCCGUCGCCGCGUUUCGACAGAGCCCACUAGCUUACCGCCGCCAGAAAAUCAGGAAUGGCGGCGCAGAAUCCAGGAAUGGAACGAAAACACCAUUCGCGAGCGAAGCAGGAAAAGACGAAGUAAAUGCAUUGUCAUGUAG